UUUCUAGGUUCAUCUCGGAUGCGAGAAUGGCUGAAACGCAAGAUAUUCGAUUUGAUGUCGUCGCUUUGGGAGGUGCCAUCUACGACAUCAUCGGGUACGUGGGAAGAUUUCCAGAGGUGGGCGAAACCGUGAACGGAACCGGUUUGAUGGAGGGAUUCGGUGGGAAAGGAGCAAACCAAGCCGUAGCCUGUGCCAAACUCGGAGGACGGACGGCUUUCAUCGGCAGAGUCGGGGAUGACGGAACUGGAAGGGCGACCGUAGAAAACUUUCGGAAGUGGAACCUGGAUGCUUCCCGCGUGCAACUCACCCCCGGGGCUUCCUCUGCGACUGCACUGAUCCACGUGGAACGAUCCGGAGCAAACAAGGUAGUGGUCGUGAACGGGGCCAACGACCACGUCUCUGAGGGUGACGUCCAAGAUGCAGCCGAUGUGAUCGAGGCGAGCAAGGUCCUCGUCUGUACCUUGGAAGUCCCAAAAGAGGCCGUGAGGAGGGCUCUAGAAAUCGCUGCUCGACGUGGAAUAACAUCAGUUUUGAACGCAGCUCCUGAGCCGAGUUCCAUGCCAGUGGAUCUCUUUUCACUACCGAGCAUCGUCAACGUCAACGAAACAGAAGCUGCCCAAGCGACUGGGCUGAAAGUGGAGACAGUCGAGGAUGCGAAAGAUGCUUUGAGGAGUCUAUUGAAAGACAAAGGAUGCAAGGGUGUCAUCUUGACGCUAGGCGAAAACGGAUGUUUGUAUGGGCACCGAGACGAACCGGAAAACGUCGUCCAUGUCACGACGGAAUCCGUUUCUCCGAUCGACACGACCGGCGCAGGGGACUCGUUCAAUGGAGCCUUCGCUUUCUUCACUGCGUGCCACUCGGAGCUGCCAAUGCGAGAGCGACUGUCUCGUGCAUGUGCCGUCGCCACGCGCAGCGUCCUCUCACACGGCACUCAAUCCAGCUUCUCCACUCGCGACCAACUCCCUCAUGCACUCUUUCUUUGAUAUCCCUACCAUGUCUCUAUCAUCCUAUUACUAGCGCCAUUUUAGGACAAACUCAGCAUAUAUGAAGGGUGAAGCACGAGAUGCUGACGGUUUUUA